GAGUGCAGGAACCACACAGUUCUAAACGAGGCAAGCAGAUCUAGGUUUUUUACCAACUACAUCGUUAGCGCCAGUGAUACCUCGUUAACGGGCUGGUUUACGUACAAUGGCUCAGCCGGUACGCGUAUGGCUACAACCUGCGUUCCCGCUGAUCACUGCGGUACGUUCGUUCCCGGAUGGCUGGCGGGUAACCAUCCAAGUGUAGAUGAAGGUGUAGUAGUACGAUCAGUAUGUCUCUCCAAGUCGCAAGUUUGUUGCAUGACAUCUGUGAGCGUACUUGUGAGGAACUGCAGCGGCUUCUUUGUUUACAAACUGGACGUGAAUUCAAGUUUCAGCUUUACUUUUCGAGUGUGUGGAAGUGGUAUCGAAGGUAAUGUAAUAUUCUCUGACCCCUUUUUAUCAAUCGCAUUUGUAGAAGAAAAUCCUCAGAGAUUACAUUGUGAAUACCUCCUCCAUCGUCUGCUAUCCACCUGAAAAUCAUAACUACGAUAUUUCAGGCACUUUGUUUUUGCCUUUUUUAUUAAAAUAAACGUUGUUUGCAGUUGUUUGAGAAAUAAAAUGAGUUCUUUAUCGAGAGAAGGAGGAGGCUUCAUCCAUUUUGCGUCCCACAGGGGCGGGAUGAGUGUUAGUCAACUUGACAUCCGACAUUUAAAUUCAAAGGCUUGCUGAUACUGACUUUUAUUCGUAAAAUCUGGAAAAAUUUACUCACAGAGUCUUUCUUUAUUUCAGGAUCAUUGCCGCCUAAGCAAGUACCAAUCAAGAAUAAGCCAGGUAAUUCAAGAAAGUUCAACUUGAACACAGACACUAGUAUUCUAUUUUCACAAUUGCAGCCUUUUUCCACGCCUCCUCUACUACAAAAUUUUGUAAGAAAGAUUAGAAACAUUCCCAAUUUUGACGCCAUCGUUACAAACUUUAAUGCUUUCACGGAUGUCAAGAUGAACAUGCGAUAUGAAAAAGAUUUACGCUUUUAAAAGAGUUAUCCGCGUUAAUUUUGUGAAGUUAUUUCAGUUCUUAUCGCAUUUACGAUAAUUGUUUACUUCGUUAAACCAAACAACACGAGGUUCAAUCUUGAAACAGAAACGUGUUGGCAAAAAUUGUGCCGAAACUUAUUAAGUUUGUUCAUUGCAAUUAAAAGAAUGAUAAACUCUACGUUUCAACUAAACAAAAAAUAUUCAUAUCGUCGAUUUCUAUUGUUUGUUUUGAUCACUUUUCGUUUGUUUGUUUGUUUAUUUAAUUGUUAUUAGGCGAUGAAUGCACCAACUACAACACACUCAACGAGCGUGAUAGAGCCGCAGACUAUUUCAGUUACAACACUUUGAAGUGUGAUGCCUACCUACCAAGUGGCUGGUACAGGCUGGCUGGCCGCGCAGGGACUGUUAUGCCGACACAUUGCGUGCCCAAAAUGCAUUGUGGUACUCUGUCGCCUGGCUGGUUGAAUGGCAAACAUCCAACUAAAGGGGAGGGUGUGGUGGAGCGUAUGGUUUGUUUUACAAAGGAUAACGAUUGUUGUCACUGGUAUAGUUUGGUGUUGAUGAAAAACUGCAGUGGUUUUAUUGUGUACAAAUUUGGACACUUUCCUACAGCUGUAGACUCCUGCAGCCUGCGAUACUGUGGAGCUGGUGAAACUGGUAAAUGACACGUAAAACAGUCAUGGACUGGUCAUUAUUUAUUGGCCGUGCAGGGGGAAAAAGUAGGAUGAAUUUGUUUGCGACCCCCCGUAAGGCUCUUCAAUAUUGUUAUGGUCCCCCUUUUAUUGGAAGUUGAUUGGCAAGCAAUUUUUUUCUAGUCCCCCCCCCCUUUAUAACAUGUGGGGGUCAACUGAUGCCCCUUUAAUUCCCCCUGAAAAUCAUGUGUUUCCGCCCCCCAAUCCUCCUUAUCUCGUCCUCCCAGGUGGUAAAUCACGGAUUUUUCCUUUAAAAGAAACAACCAAAGAGAUAAAACCGCGGAAACCAGAUUCCCCAUGGCUGAAUACUUCCAUUAAAUAUUUAGUUGUUAGAAGACUUUGAUCCCGAUAAAAUGAGGUAGUUUUAGUUUUGAAGCCAUUCGUAGCUACAAAUGGCAUAACCGUGGAUAGUACGCAAAGAAAGGUGACCCGAGACUGCCUACAUCGAGAAUUUUAUGCGUGGUAACCAACUUCGUCGCCUAUUUUUCUGAAUUUUUGGUAGGUUGCAGAGACAAAGAAGGAAACAGCUAUGACGUAUGGCAGAGUUGGAACCCAAAUCCUUUGUUUAAAUGUACAUGUGCACCCAAUCUUAAAGUCGAAUGCAAAAAAACUGAGUAUGGCUGCUGGGAUUCCCAUGGAAACGCUUUUGUAGAUGGAUACGAGUGGCUUAGCAACAACAUGACUAAGUGUACCUGUAGCUAUGGAAAGAUAACCUGUACCAAGCUCUCUCGGCCAACCUGCACCGAUGAGAAAGGCAUAGUGCGGGAACAUGGUACCCACUGGUUUUCCGGAUUCUGUUUCAAUUGCUCAUGCGGGGAUGGUUUGAUCAGCUGUGCGAAGUAUCGCGUGACUAUCAAGUAUGGGUUAUUCCAAGUUGAGACAAUUGGUAGAUGUAAACCAUGUCAUCAACCAAGUAACGAUAUUUUACCAACAGGGGAUGAGACAGUCGCUGCUUGCCAGGGUAGGUUUCAAUAAUAAAUGAAGUGUCGUUAUUAAAUCACUGCAAUGAUGAAAUAUGAUUGUUUGUUAUUUAUCACGUAGUUACUCUCGAUCUGAAUCACAGGUUUAUAUUGAUUGCAAACCCCCCCUACUAACAUAAAACAAAAUGGUCCCCACCUUAAUCAUUUGAACGAUGUGGAGCUAAAUCGCAGAGAUGGUAAGAGGCGAACAUGUAGUGGUGAGAAAUCAUCAGUUAUCGAAUCAAAUAUUGAAAAUGACUACUUUCCGGCCAAGUUGAGCCAAGUGUUUUUUCACACUUACCUCCCCAACUAGUAGAGAGAGCGACUCGUUUUGAUCAACCAACGAAUGACAUUUUCACAGUGCAAUUUUCCAUGUUAAAAGCUUCUUCUCUUUCCAGUGUUCUUUCAGCUCAUGGCUUCAAAUGAGGUAUUUGGUUGUUACAGUGGCGACUUCGUAAGGAAAGAACACGUGUGUAAUGGAGUCGCCGAGUGUCCGGACGCUUCUGAUGAGGCGCAGUGCCAGAAUGGUGAGUUAAUGAAUCCGGCUUUUUCAAGUAACUGAGCUUUCACUAAUCUAACCACACCAUAUACCUCUCCUCCCUUCCUCCCCAUUUUCCUCUUUCCUCUUUCCCCCCCAUCACUCAAACGAAAAAGAAAGGAAAAAAACCAUCAGAUACAAACUUAAUUAGAAAUAAAUACUAAUGAUUUCUAUUCCACGUUGUUGUUUUAGUUAUUUGUCGCGAUGAGGAAGGGCAGAUUCUAAUUCUAAAAGAUGUUUGGAAUGUAAGUUUUCAUACUUCUGGCAAACCUUGUAAAAAUUCCACCCUUAGAAUAACUAAAGCAGUACACUAAUUUAUCAUUUUUUUUUUUGUAAUGUCGGCUCGAAUAACAUUUGAAGAGUUCAUUGUUAACAUCAUUCCAGGUGUCUGACUGUCUCACCUGCGAGUGCACAGAGGGUCGUCUGAAAUGCCAGAGGACACUUCAAGUCAUCUUCCCGGGCAAACACCUGGCAUACGUACCUUUUACUGAGUCCUGUGAACAACCAGGGUGUAACGCUAUGGAAUUCAUGAAAGCCAGGAGAGAAUCUUGUGAAGGUACACGUAAGGUUAAAAGAGUUAAACUUAAUUUAAGCCGAGAGCUACAUUAGAGAUCACUUUAACCAAAUUAGCAUACACCAUCAGGAUUCGCUUAAUAGAUCUAUACUUAUCAAUAAAAGGCUGCUAAAUGUUGACUGGGGCGGAAAUUGAAAUCACCGCAAAAACCAUCCACAACUAUUAGGAAACCUAAGGAACUGGUCAUUAUUCAUCAGCCAGAGGGAAGGGUGGGAGGUUUUGGUUGGGUAACAAUAAAAUUUAAAGGAUUCCCCUCUAAGGCUCUGAAGUACUCCGAGAUAAAAAUUAAUGAGGACUGGUCCCAAACAUAUAUUUAUUUCAAAACGUGCGGUAUCAGCCAGGAAAAUUCAAAUCGAAAAUUAAACAAUUUAAGUAUAAGUUUAUACAAGGAUUAGCAUACAUUCCCGAUCAAGGAGACAUCGGUCAUAGUAAACAGUCUCCGAUCAUAUUUUCAAACAGUUGACAUUGCUUAGUUUUGCUUGAUUUUUUUCAUUGCUUUAUUUUUACUCGAGGAAACUGAUAAAAACAUGCCAUUCUCAAUUCUACUCUCCUAAAAUAAACAACACAGAGCAAUUAAAACUACCGUAUUCUACCACUUUAUAAUUUAGAUCAACCCCGUUACCUCUGACAUUGUAAUUUUUUCAUAUCCAUAUAAUGAAUAUUUCUUUACUCAGCGAUUGAAACCGUCGAAGGUGGCCAAAUUUUGUCACGAGGAGACAACUGGGACUACCAAGGGUGUCAAUUCCUCUUUGUAGGACACAAGAGGACCACAGGGUGCCCACAAAUGUCUCUAUCAACCUGUUAUAUCUACAAUGGAGCAGUCUGUUGUGCUGAGAAAUGCCCAGGUAAAAUAUUAUAGAUAUUGAACUGAUAUGCACGGCCAAUUGCGAAUGAGAACAACGGUUCCGUUUGGAAAGAAAACGAUGUUAAGCACUUUUCAUAUUGAUAAGGUCAUUAAUAAUAAAAAGGAGUUAUUUACAAGACAUUUGCUUUGUAAUUACCUCAUAUUUAAAUCUAAGCGAACUUAAUGGACCAUAAUAAUAACAAUAGUAAUAAUAGAACAUUCCACAAAGUGGCUUGUCCUCUCCACUGUUUUCGGGUCGAAUUUAAAUCAGGAAUGUCAGUUUUUGUCGAGGGAGAAAAACCGGAAGACUUGAAGAAAACCCUUGGAGCAAGGACGGGAAUCGAACCCAGACCACAUUGGUGAGAGGCGAGCGCUCUCACCUCUACACUAUUCCCACUCCCCGCUCUCCCUUCCCUAAUCCAAAUGAAUUAACAACAAUGUUAUGAUCUUUUUGGAACGAUUAUCUGUCAGUUUUCGAAAAAGGAAAACCAAAGUUAUGACAACAGCCAAUUGGAAUCAAGGUGAACAUGAGCAUUAGCCAAUGAGAAUGCAGAGUAAUAAUUGACAAAAUGCUAUAAGCGUCGGAUGAUUGACAUGAGUGAUUGACUGCUUUGCAUUUGAUUUGUACGUGCAGCGUGCGAGUUUUUUGGACCUAUCACAAAGUGGUUAGUGUAUUGAAGCAAAACGAAAGCAAUUACCAAUUUGCAUACAGCAUUUAAUUGAAAAAUUGCUCUCAAUUUCUCACUGAAGGCGCGUUUUGUAAUUCAUAGCACUCCCACAACUUGCAAGUCAGGUGCGCUGGGGUAUGAAAGUGUGUCCUGGAGAACUUCAGUUGAUAGCCAGUGAUGAUCAGUGUGACAUUAUCGGCCCGAGUUCCCUGCCGGGAAACGGCUCCUGUAAAACGGGUAAGUUUGAUUGAUUAGAGCGACUUCUAAGAGGCUUCGAUAUGGCUGGUCCAUCUUGAUAAAAUCUAGUUCUCAUUUUCAAGCUGUGUUAAUCUCUCCAUUCUCAGCAGAUGUUCUCUAUUUUAGGUUAUUAUUACUUUCUUUGUUGUUCGACUACCCUAGCAAGCGGUAGUUAAAUAAAAGUUAUUUUACACCUAAUUUGAGGUUGGUCCUUAAGACGUUUGAGAUAAAAAAAAAAUACCGAGACAAAGGUCAUUGACAGAUCGUUGAAUACAGAUUAAAGAAGGCAAGGUAUAUCGCCGAACAACUGCCGUCGUGACAUCCAAAUUUAUCUUUCACUAGUUUGUAUCGAACUGACUUAGGCUGUAUCGAAACGACUUAAUUUCUACGUGUUUUGAAUCGAUUUUGUCGAUGUGUUGAAUCGAUCUCUAUCAAAUCGAAUUUUAUGGAAAUGACCACACUCCUCACGACAUUAAUAUAACAUUACAAAUGAACCGAACAGAACGACCUAACUUCACUAACGGAUCAAGACCGACCAAUCAUGACCACCUACGCCACUUGAGUCUUCCAGCCGAUAAAAUCACGGCAAAAAUGACCAAUCAGUUUUUACAAACCGGAAUAAGAACAUUCGACUGACAACAACUAUUCUCUUGCCUUUGAUGAUGACUUCCGCUCAGGUUGUCGAAACGUCAGUCACCAUUACCGACAAUAGUCCUUAUCAGGACUAAACUCACCCACACGAUCAAACUACACUAUCACAUCCUUCUCUAUUAUAACCUAGUCGCUUGUCGAUAAUGGACGUGUGACAUAAAGUUUGUGAGUUCUCUCGGAGCAAAUGUUCAAAUGUUAAACAAAAACGUUUGUGCAACUUUGUGAAAGAACCGAUGUAUGGACGUCAGCGGCAGUUAAGAGAGAAUAAGUUAAUGAGACUGUAUGCCUUUGCAAGCCCUAUUUCAAACGUUAUCACUCUCAAGCUAUUUUUAGACCUAGGUAUUUGGUCUCUGGCAGAUUUUUUCAGUCCCUAUCUGCUGACGAUUUGUUUUUCAGAUGCCUUGGGUCAGGAUGAGGAUGUAAAUACAUAUAUCAAUGGAAGCACCUGGUCUAUUGGUGACUGCAUCGACUGUUACUAUCACAAUGGCGUUGUCUCGUGUUCUAGAACGCUGUCAGUCAUUACAUCUAAUGACACAAACACCGAUAACUGUAGUCAACCGGAUUGUGACGUAGCGGCGUUUUUGAAAGCAAAUCGAGGAAUCUGUAAAGGUAAGUGAUUGUGACGGUAAAGCCGAAUACCUGCGUAAAAAUGGGAAACGAGGAUUCUUCAAAGAGCUCUCAUCCUGUAAUUACAAGAGCUGCAAUUAAUUCUAGCUAAUUUUCUCUGCGAAUUAUCAUAUAUUUUGUACCUAAAGGCUUGUUUACCACCACAAUUCCUAAGAAAACUACCACACUAAAUUUAAGUUAUCUAUUCCCAUGUAAAUGACUUUUCUACAUUAUGUUAGUUUGCAUUUGGAGGAACCAAACCUAUCCGGAAGGCUACCGUUGGGCAGAGAAUGGAGUUGACUUCUUUUGCAGCUCAGAAAAGCAGAGAGUGAGGCAUGGAUGCUACUUGAAAGCUGGUCACGUGCAAUGUACAGGGGCUUUUACAGGUUUGUUCCAUGGGCCACUAACUAUCGAGACAUACAGCGUGUCAUAAGGACUUUAAGGGACAUACAUUUUUUUUUCCCCAGAAAAACAUGCUCCUUCAAGCUACCUUUUUAGCAUUCCCGCUUAGAUUUGUGGACGUCGAAAAAUAACUAUUCUGCUCUGCAUUAUACAAAAAACUUUUCCGAUAUUUUUUAGGCUGUUUGUGUUUCUACACUUUUUUCAGGAGUACGAAACUUAUCACUCGUAUCUGAUGAAAGACUGUACCUCUGUAAGAGUGGAGAUGAGAUAAGAUCACUCAACGACAGAUGUGAUCAGAAAGCAGACUGCAGGGACGAGUCUGACGAGAGAGACUGCGUUCAGUGUAAGUGUAAAUGGCACUGACUGAGACCUGGGAACUAGUCAUCAUUUUUCGUCUGGGGGGAGGGGUUCGGAGGAUAAUGGGGGAUCGUAUGGUUUUCUGGGGAACGGGAAGAUCAGUUGUCGUCAAUAGAAUAUUGCAAAUAAAAGAGGGACUUUUGGAAAAAUUGACUGCUAAUGAACUGCUGAUGGGAGGGGAUCAUGAGAAUAGUAAAGAGUUUUCUGGGGAAUCAGGUAAAUUUUGCGGCGACACUACAGAGUCAAAGAGUUUCCGGAGGCUGUCACCGGAAUUUGAACCGUAUCAUCCUGUAACGCGCGAAAAAGUUUUCUUCAAAAUUAUGAAGACCACUAAAUACUAGUUUUGCGAGAUAGAAAGGCAUAAAAAUGAGGAGAAUGAAGCGAAAAGAGACGACGAAGGUUGAGGAUGGAAAGGAUUGACAAUAGAUUGACAAUGACAAUACAUUGCUAAUAAUGAACUUGAAAAACUCUUCCAAGUUUGCUAAAAGCCACACGCGCAAAUCAGGUGAUACUUCCUAUACCACAUGAAAAAGGAAAGGAACUAAUCUGAGAAUAAAUAAAAUGGGCCAAGGUCUUGAAGCAUAAAUAACAAGUAAAAGAGUAAAAACAAAAAGGGUAAAAGUCACGUCAGUAACAAGAAACAGACAGUUAGGUCAGAUAAAGAGAAGAGCGCGGAAGAUUGCCAAACUAGCUUUUGAUCGCAAUAAACCUUCAACUGAUGUCGAGCACACCUUUUACCUUUAGGACCUGGUCAUUAUUGAUCACCCUGGUUGAAGUGGGGGGGGAAGAUGGUAGUGGUGGAUAAUUUUUGUUGUGGUGGUACGAUAAAGUUGGAAACCCCCCGAAAUCCUUCAACCCUCCUACUUUCCAGGCGAAAAACAGUGACUGGUGUUUGAUCUUCCUCUUAUAUUCAUGCUGAAUAACAUCCUAUUAUGCACUUUGAAGAUGUUGAUUACAGAAGGAAAAAAAAGCACUUAUGCCUUUUCAAGAAUAUUUUGUGUGAAAGCUGUUGUAAAAGGAACUUCGAAACAAUUAUUUCAGAUUUCUGUCCAUUUUACACGAAGUUCAAUAUUUACUGGGAAAGAACUGCCCUGAAUGAUAUUGUUGUAAGGAACUGUUCAGAGGUGGAUCCAGAGUUAGGAGGUAAGAAAAAUUUUUUGAUACGCUUCGUCGAAAAUUGUUAUUUUGUGAUUGUGCUCGACACAAAUUUAAUUCCCAAGGUCUGAUUGUUAAUUCUCCCCUAAGCUUCCACGCGUUACCUUGUGAAUAAGCUACAAGAAUUUGGUGCGAGAUGAAGGCAACAGAUUCUACCCGUUAAGUUUUAGUGUUCUCAUUACCUGUUCUCUGGGUAGUGUAUGUAUAUGACAGUGAGAAGUUACAUCUUAAUCACUUCUGGGAUUAAAAGGGUUUAAAGGAAACGAUAUCACUCCUAGAAGUCAAAAGCAGUGCCCAGAUGUACGUAGAAAACAGUUUCCUGCUUAGGUGCACUUCACAUGGCAUUUUUUUUCUCCGAGCAAGGAGUAUGAUCACUUGGGUGAGGAGAGCACGUCCUGAAAAGUCAGUAACAUUGACCGAACCGCUUCAACAAAUUUUUCUUAAAAAGGAAGUGAAUUGACUUUGACUAUCAUUUCGUUUAUCGAAAUUUCAGUCAUGAGCCUCGGCCAGUAACAGUAAAUGUCUUUCCUCAUCAGGAGGAUUACGUGACCCAAUCAGUUGUUAUUCCAAGGUCCAGACUUUGUUCUGUGCUUGUGUUAAUUUUUCUACCAUAUCCUUUCAUUGUGUAAACCCGAUACAAAAUUGAAGUAGAUCUAUGGAGCUUACUUCGUCAGGCAUCCGCGUAGGCUUACAGCAUUUGCUGUCGGUUGUACUUGUCAUUCAAUUAGACUUUGAAUCACCAUCAUUAGAGUGUUAAGAUAGAAUUAAUAUUGUUGUGCCUCAGGAACGUGCUUUUCAUUUAUUUAUUUUUAUUUGGCCACAGGAUAUUUCACGAGCCGUUGUUCUUCACAAAAUGGUCGUAUGACAACGUGGAGUUUCAAAGAAAGCUGUUUUUGCGAAAAAAAAUCUCUUCGUCAGGAAUUCAGGCAUGAAGUAUGUAGUAGCUUGAUUCCGAUGUAUUCUAAUCCUUAUAUAGGUUAAUAGGUUGUAUUCUAAUCCGCGGUUGUUUGAAACGCGAUACAUGACUCAAUUGGAAUAGCAAAUAAAUAAAUCAAGCUUUUAAUUUAUUUCCAAUUUUUUUUUUGUUUUUGUAAGUGGGGGGACGGUAAGCUUCUAAAGAAACUUUGGUGUUGCGUCAAUGAGGAAUAUAACAACUAAGAUAAUUUGGUAUUGUCAGUUGAGUUGCGUAUGUAAAUCGGCCAUCGUAUAGGGUUUGUAGAAUUCGUCGUUCACUCUGACAAAGAGCUAACGCGCGAAACAUCAGAUUUAGAACUCUUUACAGUGGCCAUGAACCAAAUGCCGUAAUUAAAAUAGUUGGUUUGAUUCGCGCUCGUACGAACGAAGAAGUUAAGAUGAUCGUCAUCAUGUUUGUCAUAAAGUUCAUCGGGUAAACAACUAAGUUUGCUGGAACUAAUAUAAGGCUUCUCUCUAUUCAUUUUCAGCUAUCCAUAAUGAAUCUAACAAACAUUUUGGAACUAACAAGAGCAUUUGUGAACAAGGCCACUAACUUUACAAACAAAGAACUGUUCUUUAAUUAUCUGAGUCUUUGGUUUAAAAGUGGAGCUCUUCUACUAAAUCCAGUCAACCGUUCCAACGAUAUGGUGACACUCAAUUUCUCACAGGUACGAAUUUCAGCCUUAAUCAUAACCAUUACAAUUUGCUCAAACGUGAUUGGUGCAUCAGCUGCUUUAUAUUUCACUAAUCAUUCUCUACAGUUGUAAUCGGACAGUUGGUUGUUAUCGGAUACCUGUAAUCGUAAAUUUGAAAUAGCCGACCAUGCUAAGUCCACUCAGCUAAAUCCACCAAUCACAGAAUUAAUCAGAAUAUCCAUAGCAACAAUCACUUACCCUUAAAAGAAAACUGGGAAAUUUCCAAAUUUUUUGCGUUAGACAUUGUCCCUAUUGGAGAUCUUUGUCCUAAAUGUUUUUUUUCCGAAAUUUUAAUGGUUAUGAUUAAUUAAUUGGUAACAGGACUUCUUGUCGUCCAAUUCUGUCUGCAAUCAUACUCGUGAUUGACAAAUCGGACUCUCGCCUCGCGCUCGUCCGAUUUUGUUAAUCACUCGUACGAUUACAGACCGAAUUGGACUCCGCUCGGUCCUAUUACCAUUAUUUAUUACCAAAUGACAGACUUUACAUUCUUUGUCAGUUUGAAAUUAAAUACGCGCCUACUUUUUUAACGAAGAACAUAGAAACUGUUUUUUAAAGGUAUGGGUAUUUUUUUUAAUAAAUCAGGUAAAAGUCUUCCUUAGAGGUUUGAUUUAUCUACACUAGUUAUCAAAGAAUUAAAGAAACUCUCAUGGACCAGUCGCGUUUAAUAACCUUGGGGUGAGGGGUCGAAGGAUCUUACAUUGGGAGAUUACAUUAAUUUCAGGGGAAACGGAGGGAGGAAUUAGUCGUCGCCAACAGUGUCUGCAAGGGUGGACCAUUGAAGAAAUGUAAAAUGGUUUCCGUGUUUACAUAGCCUGAUAAAAACACGUGGGAGGUUGGGAGAACACGAGAUAAGCGUAGGAAACCACGACGCGAAGCGGAGUGGUUUCCAGCUUAUUGAGUGUUCUCCCAACCUCCCAAGUGUUUACAUCAGGCUAUGUAAACAAGGAAACCAUUUUACAUUUCUUCAUUAUAAAAUAACUAAUGAAAGAGCCUCUUCUUGCAACGAAGGAAAGCGACGUGCUUGUUGUUGUUGUUCAUUUGGCUUUUCGGCCGUUUCUUGAAUACUGGGAAAAUUAAACUCCAAAGAAAAAUUAAGAAAAUCUUCUUCUUCCAUUACUGUACUCAAAAUAAAUUUAAAGAAACUGAGUUACUGCUAAAUAAAUAGCAGGGAGAACUCCGCGAGAAGAUUCAGUAUGAAAACCGUGUUUACAUACGCUCAUGUAAAAUGGUUUUUAUGGCCAAUCAGAGGGCACGUACUAUUUGAAUUAUUCUAUAAAAAAGAUUGACUGUCAACGAGAGAGGGGGGAUCAUUAGCAAUACUAAAGAGCCUGGGAAUCAUAAUGUGACACAAAAUCCUGACCCCCACCCUGGUGAUAAAUUGUGACUGCUCCCUUACUGGAUUUCGAAAUGCAGGUACAGAGGGUAGCCUUUUUUAAUGAUUGUCUAGGGGUUCAUUUUCUUAUUGACCUCUUAUAGGAUUGCGAAUUAUGAGCUAAUCAUAUAUGUUCUUUCUCUCAAGGCCAUGUUCCAAACAGCUCAAACCGAAAACGUUUUCAAACCUCAGUCAGACUCCUUUUGUCCCAAAAAAGUGGUAAGCAUGCGUGAAACAUACUGUAAGAUAAGAAAACGCAAAGCUAAAACAAGAAAGUAAAUAGACACGCAACAUAAUAAAACAGUAUUUGAUAAGACUUCUGAUUUGAAAGUAAUAUUCCAUCUAAAAGACUUGUUUAUAAUUCUUGAAACAAAAUUAACCAACUUUAUUAUAUCUCCGAGACUUAGACUAAGUUAGUACGUCCGCUAUAAUUGGGUAAUUUAAAGGGCCGUGUUUCACUGUACAGCCCUCUCAAAUCAAAGUUUGUUUAAAUUGAAAUCUUUCACCUCUACUUCACCCCAGAGAUAUUAUAGAUAUCUUGGCUAACCUCGUUUUCUCGGUCUGCACUGCAAGUUACGGAACCUCGUUCUUCCGCUCGGAUUUAUAAAUAGGAGCGGGAAAAGACUCGGUCUGUAACUUCUACUAUCGACCUCGAACUCGGUUAGGAUGAGGUAAGUGUGGUACACACCUUUAAAGGAGCUACGCCACAUCAAGGUUUUCUUUUAGGGGGUGUUAAUUUUUUACUGACGUAGAUGAGCAUUAAAGCUAGAUGGCUUUAACCAAUUCGAAAACGAUCAAGGAUAAGGAUUGUUGAGAAAAACUAAAUUAAUCGCAAAAGACGAAAAUCCACAAAUGAUGACAAAUGUGAUUGUAAGUGCCCCUAAGGCACGGGUUUAUCCCUUGUUUUGAUUUAGUAAUCGUUUAAUUAAUAAUCUGUAAAAGUCACACUAGGUGCCACGUCACGCGUUCCGUAAGUAGUAUCGCAUUUCCAAACAGAACGGAUCUAUUGUGCAAUUCAAUAAUUCGAUCGAUUUCGCAAGCACUCGUGGUUUAAUAGAAAGAAAUUGUCUGUCGUUUUUAUCGAAGGAAGGAAAGGUCUUUUUUGUGUCAACUCUCGCCAGAUCCGGCAACAAUGUAAGUUUAAUUUACUUCGAGUGUUUCUAUAGCUAAUUUCUUGUCCCUAAUUUUGUGAAUCAAUUAUUUUUAGCUUCACGGUCAAAUACGACAUUUAAUAAAGGAGGCGUUUAACAGAGAGAAAUUGGGGCGAUAUUUGUUGUGUCGAUCAGUGAGAUUCGUACGGUCCAGCUAGCGGCGAUCAAGCGUCGCUAUAGUGAUAAUGAUGAUGAUGAUUAUGAUCUAAUAAAUCCGUGUGGCAUACUGGACCAUUCGUCAUCGCUGCCUUAGUUCAGAUGUUUACGUGGUCCAGUUUGUCCACUGUUUCCAGGUCGAAUUUUGAAUUUGAAUGUUGGUAUUGAGGAGCGAAGAAAUCUGGGGGACAUGGAGAAAACCCUUGGAACAAGGCCGUGAACCGACCAUGAUUAACUCGACACCAGGCCCAGAACCGACCAUGAUUAACUCAACGCCAGGCCCGGGAAUCGAACCCGGGACACGGUGGUGGGCGGCGAGCACUCUCACCACUGCGCCACUCCCCAGUUCUUCAAACUCGAUUUGAGAAAUUUCAAACUAUAUAAAAAAAAACUUUGCCAUAAAUUUGAGUUUCUAUGGAUGUCGGACUUUUUUUAGUCACUAAAUUGUUACCGUCUUUGUUGUUUUCGCAGACGUACUGGCAGCGCUGGUCAUUAAUGCAAGAUAUCAGGGAAUUUAAUUGCGGGGCCUCAAAUCUGACGCAUACCUUCCUGUUCUGUUUCACUCCGAUACCGAUGGAAUAGUAAGUCAAGUAAAGACCAAUUACUUUAAACUAAAGUGAAAAUACGUAGUGCAAUAAUACUGACAAGUGAACGGCAAUUGCUAGAGAGAUGCAUAAAAAUAAGCCAGAAAAUUUUAAGACUUCUUAACCAGAAUUUUUUUUUUCAUCAUCGUAGCUCAUCUACAACGAUGAUGUUAUUAAUGCUUGUUAUCACCUGCAUGAAAACUAUUGAUUCGAGGGUUUCAUACAAAUCGAGAUUAAGUUGAAAUAGUGAGUGAAAUUCGUAGACUUAAAUAGACAUUGAUCGACUUCAAGUGUCUUUUUGGUCGAAUUCCGCUGAGCAGCUCAUCCCAAUUCCCAUUUUUUUCCCUCACGUAGUAAGUGAUGUAACGCAUUGUAUUUAAAGCAACACAGCAGUCAAACAUCGCCCAUGCUCGAGAAGAACAAUUCCGGCCGACCGCACGCGAAUUUCCCGUGGAAAAUUUCGAAGAAAAACAUUAGAAACAAAAGAUGCCUUGAAAAAGAAGCGAAAGAGAAUGGAACCUUUCAUAGAAAUCUUUAAAAGGAAACAAAAUUAGGGAAAAUAAAAACUCGAGAUCACACGCUUAUUCAAGUACGGAUAUCCUGUUGAUUUACCAUUCUGUUGUGACAGAGCAAUUAGCAAUCGCGCGUCAUCCGCAAUUUAACUAUUCCUUCUUACUUUGCCUUGAUUGGUUUCGGAAACCCGGGCCAAACUCUUAACCAAUCAGAAUCACCAUUAAAACCAGUCGUAACAAAUCACUCGCGUUUUCCCGCGCUCCAGACAGCUUGAAGUCUCAUUGGCUUCCUGCAAUAUUUUCCUCAACCCUUUUUGGCUGUUGGUAUCUAGUUUUUGUUUUACGAUACCCAUGGGAAUGCUCUCGCGGUUUUGAGAACAUUAAUUGUAAAGAAUGGACUCAUUCCUUAUUCAUUGCCGUUUUCCAUGGAAUUUAUUCCCGUAUACUUCUGUAUAUCCUAUAGUGUAUUUCCUCUUCCAUUUAUCGGAGGCAACUUAAGCCCAGAAUCUCCUCCUAUAACUAUCCAUUGGCUGCGAUCGGUUCUAAAACUGAGGAUUGAUCCAAAUCAGCUGUCCUUAGGAAGUGAUACUGUCAGCUCCCUUUCACUUCCUCCGGGAAACAUCACUAGCGAGGUGAGUAAUGCACCAAAGAAAAAAGGCCGCCGCGAAUUCUAACGUACGAGGGAAACUGAUAAUGUCUGAAAAAUUCCUUUUGAGGGAAAUGACCUCAAAUUUCAGUCAGGAUAUUUGUGUUAAUUCUCUCAAUCCUAAGAGUAUCGACUUAAAAGAAAGUUUUUACUUCAAUAUCCACCUAUCUCUAAUAAUAAUAUAGGUACUCAUGGGUUAUCAUUUAAUUUCAUACUGAAUUCUAAACCCAAUCGAACUCACUCAUACUUUUCUCAAAAUGACCUUUAUUGAGAGCGCAUCUACCUUAUCAAGCGAAAUUUAAGGAGGAAAGCUUUGACUCAAAGAGCACCUCCUGUUUUUCUCUCACUAGAUGAAUUUCAGUCGCGUACUUGUUCCUCUUCAACGUUUCAACUGUGCUUGGAUUGAAUAUGACGUAAGUCAAAUAACUUUUAUUGUAAACGGUAAAGAGUUAGAUCGUUGGUGCUGCGGGGGGGGUCGGAUACGCCUUUCAUUCUUUUAUGCAGUAAAUUAGUGGCCAGUUGCCAAUGUUGCGGAAACUUUCGUUGGUUAAAUCAUUCAAACUUAUUUUCUCAGGUGAAUGGAACGUUAAAAAUCACAGCCAGGGAAGUUAGAGAUGAGGAAAAAGAGAGGAAAGCUAUGGCUAAAAUUCACCUGGAUCUUAUUCUCAGCGGCAUUUCUACAGUGGUUGUCGUAAUUUGCUUAAUACUGCUUUCCUGCCUAAGGUACUCAGUCAGUUUGAUACUCAGAAGCGUGACUAAUGUGCCCAUCAAUUCGACGUUUCAGCAUCCCCAGGGCACCUUACUGGCAUUUGAAUGUCGUCUGUAACCGGGGGAGGGGAAAUCGAACCUUGUAUGGGAUGGGGUGGGGCAUUUGAACUGCAAGUGUCAAUUCUUAUAAACGUAAUAAACGUGUUUUAAAGUGUGAGAGAUUAUUCAGCGUUAAUUGAUUUCCGGUUGAUUUUUUGCGAUAAGUGACAGAUGAUUGAACAAUAGGAUCAUAUUAUAUAUUUAAAAUGAGAGAGACCAGAGCGAAGGACAGAAAAACGGUGAGAGAGAGUGGGAGAUUAAGUUGAUUUUAUAAAAUAAAACGUGAAGUUUCGGAACAUAGCAGAUUCUUUAGUCUCAUUUCCGACAAAAGGAGGUGUUUAAAAGUAAAGAGUCUGCUUUCGUGAGCUUUUUCGAGCGCAAGUUUGGCCUGUGGGGAGGGGGAUUUGAACACGCUUAUCUUCUAAAGUUCAAACGCCAGGGGGGAUAUUGAAGCUUCGAAUUGAUCAACGCAUAACACAGUAGUCGGACUGCCUGACUGACGACUUACCGGUUGACUGCCUAACCGGCUGAAUGACUCGGCUAUCUUACUGACUGACUGUCUGACUAACUUACUUACUGAUUGACUGACAGACAGACAGACUGAUUGUUGUCUGAUUUGCUGACGGUGCACUGACGAACUGACUGACUGGCUGGCUGGCCGUCUGACUGAUUGACCGACUGUCGGAUCGACCGACUGACUGACUGAACAACUGACCGACUGACUAACUUACCAACUAAAAGAGUGACUUGCUCGCUUGCUGUCGUACGUUCAAAUGUGGAUUGACUUCCGACUGAUAGACCAGUAGUUAACAGUUAUAUAUAUAUGUCUGACCAGCCGAACUUUGAAAUGUACAUACCCUUUGGUCUGCAACUGAUUUAAUAACACAAACAUUAAUUGACGAUGAAGUACCGACUAUAUAGCUAACGGAGUGACCUCUUUUCUAACACAGGAUAAGAAACUCCGAGAGAAUAUUUGUUCAUAAAAACCUUUUAAUAUCCAUAUGCCUGGUUUACAUCGUGAUGAUCUUAGACUCGUGGAUUUUUACAAACAGGAAGCAGACACCGGUGAGUUUUACUGAUCAUGAUUCUUAUGAAAAAAUCCCGGUAUAAGUAAUGUACGCAAUGGCUCGAGCAGGGUCGGGAAAAGCUGCACAACCCAGCGUAUGUCCCCGCGAGAUGUGAGGAUGAAAAUAUGUAAGAAGUGAGGAAGAACGAGAAAGAAGGCGGUCCCAUUAUGAAAUGCGUAUUGACAGGCAAUGUCGGGUCGAACCGUGUGGACCAAACGCAGCGAAGUGCGUGAGUUGUCACCACGAGCCAAAUGUUUUCCGUCCGGCCCUCCCGCUCAGAUAAUAAGAACACAUCGUUUCCUUGAUAGGUUUUAGCAAAUCUUGUAGAAGCCUAUACUCCUUGUUUAAAUUGGAUCUUUUUUCAGCUUGAAAAACCCAGAUUAAUAUGGCACCUAGACAUUUCUUUCUUUUUUUUUUUUUCUUCAUGAUAUCGUAGAAAUUAUGUUCAGCUAUAGCUGUCCUCCAACAUAUAACACACACCGCUAUUUUCACGUGGAUGUUGGUUGAAGGAAUUCAUCUUUACAUCAAGCUGGUGAAAGUGUUUUCAGUCCACAAGCUCUAUAUCACAUACGUUGUCAUCGGGUGGGGUAAAGCUCUGUUUACAGCUUUUAUCAUCUCUCUCAUUUGAUACAUGCACUAUGAUCAGUCAGCCCAGCGGACCUUAGCGGCCCAUUAAUUACUGUACCGCCCUCUAAACUUCAAUUAUUGUUUGAAUUUAAAUCUUCUCCCUCUUUUCAAACCCAGAGUUUUAAUAACUAUCUUACUAACCUCGUUUUCUUGGUCUGUGCCGUAAGUGAUGGAACCUGUUUUAUUUUUUCGCUCUAAUCUAUAGCCCAUACUUUUUGCGCUUGGGCCAAAAGUCCGAGAGAAAAAAAACUCGUUUCGUAACUUUCAAUAAAGACCAUGAGAACGAGGCUACUGAGAGGAAUGUAACUAAGAUGCUCUACCUCAGUCUUACCUUAUAUAAUGUAGUGCGUGGUGUUAUCAUGGUUUUUCUCUUUCUAUGGUGUUUUACGCGACAUUAAAAGCGGUGUGACCACAUAUAGUAGUUCUGCAACACUACUGCCGUUAGACUUGACAUUAGGAUCAUAACCGGAAGGAAACUUUUGUUUACAAUCAGAUUAACCCAUAAGCGGGGGCACUUUGAUCUGGGAUUUCACAGUAUAUCAACCUCCUUUGACCACAGGUCUACCAGUUGUUAUUGUGGGUCUAAUAGCAGCCAUCAGACCUGUGACAUAUGAUAUGAGCAAGACAUACUACAAGGACGUCAUGUGUGGAUCACUGAAACUUUCAGCCGAGAUUAUACGUGACAGGUUAGUAUAACUCUCCAACUUCCACGAUUAGGACCAUUAGCUGUUUCUUUUAACUGCCACACUUUUCCUUUUCAGAGGCCGAUGUGUUUGAUUUAUAAUGUUUUGAAUGUCUUUUUUUUUAAUUCUUUCGGAUUGUAAAGGUUUGGUUCACAAACUUUUCUAUAUCGAUUUUUCUAUUACUGUAUUUUCUAUUUUUUUCCUUUUCAUUUGCAACAAAGCGGAAAGUUGCAAAUGAAUAAGUUAAAUGCAUUGAUCUGCUUUCCUUUUUCUUUACUUAGUCAUGUUGGAAUAUUAUAAUCUUUUCAAGGUGCUGGCUUAAUGACGGUGAAUGGCUGCAUAAAGGACCAAUCUUGGCAAUUCUCGUGGUAGGCUCAACUUUCUUUCCCAAAUCAACUUUUAAGUAAUUGUUUAUGUGUUUUUUGAAAAGUCCCGCUUUUUUCUUAGACCAUUGAUUAUUUACCGCCGGGGGGGGUGAAGAAUAAAUAAUGACCAUGAACACCUUUAUAUCUGUUUCUUUUGAGUUCUCGUUUAACUCUUUUGAUACUUUCCUUUGUUCUGCUACACCGUUUCGACUAAGGCGGCUGGGUUUUGUUCUUGUGACUUUCAAUCAAGCGCUCCAACUUACUGUACUUCAAACGACCAAGCAGACACAUGACAUGAAUAUCAGAAUGUUUUUUAAGGUCAAACACUUUUCAAUUUUUUAUUUCCAGGUCAAUCUUGUGAUAUUUGUAAUUCUGCUGAGAGUUAUCUUCACCAAGAUAUCGGACAAAUAUCAGACUGAUAAUGUAGAGAAGACCAGGUAAGUUUCUUCUUUUGUUUUCUCAUUCCUGUUUCCUUUCUUUGAUGUAUAUAUAUAUUUGCUUAUGAUCUAGUAAAAGAGUCAGAUUUGUGUUGUAUGUGUGAUUUUUUUUAAUUAACAAGCUCUUUUAACUAGAUGCUAUUCACUAAGAUAUUCGCGAAGGGCUAAUAGAAAGUGGCAAAUAUGUUUUCUCCCACAUGCGCACAGAAUAGGAAAUGCUGUUUAGAAGUAUUUGAAAUUGAGCUAUGCUCUUCUAUGUUCUGUCGCCAGAGAAACUGAGAUAAACUUCAGUGGUGGUUCCAUGGCUCUUUGAACGUUUGGCAGUCAAUGUCCCCCCCCUUUACACUCUGUUGGCGACAACUGAGCAUCCUUCCGUUCCCGCUGACAACCAUGUCAUACCCCCCAAAAAAUCCUCCGUCCCCCUCCCCCCAGUGAUCGAUCCCUUAAAGGUUCCUUUAAUCUUACAGAAAAGGAUUGAGGAGCAUCGCAGCUCUACUGCCCCUGUUGGGUGUCACGUGGCUGCUGGGGUUCUUUAUCCACUGGAGUGAAGUCCUUGCGUAUUUGUUCAUCAUACUCAACUCGACCCAGGUACUCACGGUUCUAUGUGCUCUACAGUUGCUGCCAUCGAUCAAGUUUACCUCACUAGUGUUUCUUUUGAUUCUUUUAGGGUUUGGUGUUUUGUAUCUUCCAUGGCUUCUUGGAUGACCAGGUAUUUUCCAACUUAACUCGUACAGCUUUGGUGUAAGUUUGAUGCAGAAUAUCGUAUUCCUUGUGGUGGCCCUCUAAAUUGAUGGCUUAUGCGGUAAAACCUCCACACUCAGAACUUUAGGUAGAAUCGCUGAUUUUCUAUACUUGUUUGUUGCAGUGUUUCUUUAUUUGUUACAAUAGGUGAGAGAGAGUUUGCUCAGAUUCAUUACAAGGACACGAUUAGGAAUUUUGACCCAAAUUUGCAGAUCUACUGUAUCAACAACUACUCAGUUGUCACCUGCAGGUAUUAGUUCUUAUUAG